AGUGGAAACUUGUCUUGCUCAUCUUUGUAGAAACAAGCUCAACCAACUGUACCUUGUAUUGGAAGACAUGGACAUAUACGCCAAAGACAUCAAGAAACCCAAGCCAGCGUUGUUUUGUAACAUAAAGAUCUUUGUGUUGUGCCAUGGCCUGCUCCAGCUCACUCAGCUCUUAUAUAGCUCUUACUUCAAGAGCACUAUCACCACGAUCGAGAGACGCUAUGGUCUGGACAGCCUCUCCUCAGGAACCAUCUCUUCCCUCCAUGAGGUAGGGAACACAGUGCUGAUAGCGUUUGUAAGUUACUUGGGCAGUCGGGUGCACCGACCUCGUUUCAUUGGACUGGGUGGCCUACUAAUGUCCAUCAGUGCCAUGAUAUUAGCUCUACCUCACUUCCUGUCCCAGCCGUACACCUAUGACUCUGUGCUGCAUGCGAGCAGACAGGACAUGUGUUAUUUGCGUGCGAAUGUGACGGGUGCGGACGCUUGUGGUCAGGAGGAUUCGCGGAAGCUCAUGGACACCAGUAAAUUUUGGGUGCUAAUGGCCACGGCCCAGCUGCUGUUCGGAAUCGGAUCUGUCCCUAUUCAACCUUUUGGCAUAUCUUACAUAGAUGACUUCGCAGGGGCUGGGAAUUCCCCUCUAUAUAUUGCUAUUCUCUUUGCUGUGUCAGUGUUCGGGCCGUCCUUUGGAUAUCUCUUGGGGUCUGUGGUUUUGCGGAUUUAUGUGGAUGUGGACAAAGCCAGUGCAGGGGAGGCACUGGAGUUGACCCCUGUUGACCCUCGCUGGGUGGGUGCGUGGUGGAUUGGUCUGCUCAUCACCUCUGGAGGUCUUGCUCUCACCUCAAUCCCUUACUUCUUCUUCCCUAGAUCCCUUCAUGUUGAGCAGUCUUUCAAUUUGGAAGGUGACAUCAUGAAAGAAGACCCCAAGAAGUCAGAGAGCUCCUUGCUGGAUUUCUUUAAAAUGUUCCCAAAGAUAUUUGUCAGGCUGUUGUUGAGUCCACUCUUCAUGCUGCUGGUUCUCUGCCAGUGUUGUUUCUCGUCUGUGAUCGCUGGACUCGCCACGUUCCUCAACAAGUUCCUGGAGCGCCAGUACAGCGCCUCUGCGGCCUACAGCAGCCUUCUCAUUGGUGCUUUGAACCUGCCGUCCAUCGCCAUUGGGAUGGUGCUUGGGGGUCUGAUCAUGAAGCGUUGGGGGCUGUCAUUCAGAGCCAUUCCUCGCUUCUCUGUUGUAAUGCUCACCAUCUCCGUCUUCUGCUGUGUGCCUCUCUUCUUCAUGGGUUGCCCCACACAAGAUGUUGCUGGCGUUUAUCCCAUAAUACCCAAUACCAGUAAUGGGCUUCAUCUGUCCUGCAGUGCCAAUUGCUCAUGUCCCAUAAGCACCUUUAACCCAGUGUGUGGAGACGGCAACAACGUCGAGUACAUCUCACCCUGCCAUGCUGGGUGUGCAAACUACACCACGGACCCAAAGAACCCGUACAGAGUCCAGAGUUACAUAAACUGCAAGUGCAUUCCUACGGGCACUGCAAAGCCUGGCCCUUGUUCCAACACCUGCCCUCACUAUCUCAUGCCUGUAAUGCUCCUCAUUUCUCUGGCUGGACUCAUUGCAAGCCUGACACACAAUCCCAUAUACAUGAUGGUGCUCAGGGCGGUUCCUCCAGAAGAGAAGUCUUUUGCCAUAGGGAUCCAGUUUUUGCUUCUGAGGGUUCUGACCUGGCUGCCAGCUCCAGCUUUGUUUGGGAUGACCAUCGACUCCACAUGUAUCUGGUGGAAAACAGCUUGUGAAAAAAAGCAAGGAUGUGGUUAUUAUGACAACAAUCUGCUUAGAAACCGGUAUCUAGGACUUCAGGUGGGCUAUAAAACAUUAGGCAUUGGACUCCUGGCAUUUAUUGGCUGGAAAACACACCGGAGCAGAGAGUACGUCUUAGAGAAAAAGCCAGAGGGACCCCUGUGAUGCCUCAACCUAUUGGAUCUCACAUUUGAGAACGUUCUCGGUCAACCGAGCCCCCUCAAUAUCUCUCAUCAGUAACCCUUUCUAUCAACACUUGGCUGGAGAUCCGAGGAAUUCAGUUUGGAAAUUUCUCAGGUUGCAGACUGAAUACCUGCUUGAGUAUUUAUUCGCCUCUGCACGCCAGCCAAACUGGACAGAUUCAGGGACGUUCCAUCUUCACUUUUUUGUAUAAAGCUCAUAAUCAUAAUCUUACCCACAGUAUUCAUCCACAGAUUAUUUGAAGAUGGAGUUAUAGUUUUGACACCUGCAAGGACACGAAACAAGAACACUAUAUACCGUAUUUCACUGUGGUUAUUAUGCCUUUAACUUUGGUUAUUAUGCAAUGGGGUGCAUGCACACAGACAUCAGCCAGCCCCAGGGCUUCCGGUGAAUUCUCAUCCCAUACAAAAUCGCAGUGUUUACGAUCUGAUUUCUUAAAAAAAACAGUGAUCUUCACUGCCUGGCAGAGAUACGAUAUAAAGUGGGUGUCAGACCAAACAAGAAGCACUGCAUUAAAUUAUCAUUUUCCACACCAUGUUUUUACAAUAUGGAAAUUAAAUUUACCCCAGUAUUUUCAAUGGAGUUUCUGUGCUAGCCUGUUGCUAAUGACAGUGCCUGCGUUUAAACGGUCUUUCAUCUCCUUUUAUGCUUUAACAACCAAAUGGAGGCUUAAGUCUAUUUAACUGAUUAUAUUUGAAUUACUUUACAACAUCGAUGCUGUAAAAGGAACAUUAUGAAAUUGAAAACAGUCACAUAAAGCUUUCACUGGAAAUUCAUCAAGUGGCAGAAAACACUAGCUGUGCAUAGGGCCCAUUGACUCAAAAUUCAGAACUGUUGACCCAUAUAUUUCCAUAUUUUGUUUUAACAAUCUGAGAAAAAUACUGAAGGAUGAGGAAUGCCCUGUUAUACUCAAAUGCACACAUAUGCAUAAGUUGUGUGUGAGUUGAGGUUUGUAGCAUCAAAUAAUGAUAGUAGCCUGAGCAGGUUUUAAAUGUUACGUUCAAAUGUGAAGAUAUGUUCAAAUUAGGCAUCGAUUAUUUGUAAAAUAUAUUUUUGUACCUGAAAUUGCUGUUUUAUUAUACUCAAUUGUGCAUACUGUUUUUGCCACGAUCCAUAAUACAAAUGACAAUAUGCUUUUUUAUGCUGCUUGGAGUAAUGAAUCGUGAUAACUCUUCAUCAUGCAAUAUAACAUUUAUUUACCAAUGUAUAAGUUAUUUCAAAUAUAAAUUUUGUUCACAAA